CCCUGAAUGCAUUUAAGAACGAAAUGUAAUCCGUAUUGGAUAUUACCAUCUCUUGCAAAGUUCACAUUUAUAUAGUAUAUACAUAUACCAGUUGAUCAUAUUUGUAAACAGUUUUUAUAAUAAAUAAAUAAUUUUGGUUUUUAUAUUUUAGUUCCUAAAAUUAAUGCAUUCUAACAGAAGCGAUACAAAUAUGAGAGAGAGAGAUGAAGAACGCUCACAGUUUGUUGCUGUUACAACCAUAACGGAUUCUCAGGCUAUACGCAGCGUGGACUUUCAUCCAGAUGGAAAUCUUUUUGCCGUUGGAUCAAAUUCAAAAACCUUUCGAAUAUGUCAAUAUCCGCAAAUUUCUAAACUGAGACACGAUCAACACUUUUAUCCUCCAUCUGUUUUAUGCAAACGCACUAAGCAUCAUCGAGGAUCGAUAUAUUGUACGAGCUGGUCAGCAGAUGGCGAGCUGGUUGCGACUGGGUCAAAUGACAAGACCAUCAAGUAUAUGCGAUUUAACAAGGAUACAAACCAGCUGGUGGGCCAAGAGAUCGAACUGAAUAUGCACGAUGGCACUGUCCGAGAUAUGUGCUUCCUCGACAACUCAUCAACCAAAUCCCGAUUACUCGCGAGCGGCGGCGCCGGCGAUUGCAAGAUUUACGUAACAGACUGUGUGACAAGCAUGCCCAUGCAUGCUUUCGGAGGACAUACUGGACACAUCUCAUCGCUGUACAGCUGGAAUAAUACGAUGUUCGUAUCGGGAUCGCAGGAUCAAACGAUACGUUUUUGGGACAUACGAGUUAACGAAGCUGUCAGCUCCUUUGAUCAGGAAUAUAAGCCUGGAGCGCUGCAGAAAUCGCCAGUGACUGCAGUUUGCGUCGAUCCGACUGGGCGACUGCUGGUGUCGGGACACGCGGAUAGCGCAUGCGUGCUAUACGAUAUACGCGGAAAUAGGCUAAUACAACGAUUUUAUCCACAUAGCGCGGAAAUUAGAUGCAUCCGCUUUUCACCAGAGGCUUAUUAUAUGCUCACCUGUAGCUAUGAUAGUACGAUUAAACUAACAGAUUUACAGGGUGAUCUAGCUAACGAUCUUGCCUCAGUGGUUGUGGCCAAGCACAAAGACAAGGCGAUUACAAUUCGAUGGCAUCCAACUGAGUUUUCGUUUAUUUCAACAUCUGCGGAUAAGACUGCAACCUUAUGGGCUUUACCUCAAUCCUAAAUUAUUUUAUUUAAACAUAAAUAUAUAAAUUAUUUAAUAAAUAUACCAAUAAUAUUUAAGGUCUAGUGAAAAUUUAUUAAUUACAUGUUGGGAUUAAUAUUUACGUUUUAAAACAAACAUAUUGAUUUAUACAUAAAUAUAUACAUAUAUAUAUAUAUAUAUAUAUAUAUAUAUAUAUAUGUAUUUAAUAUCGUAUUGAUUUGAAAUGGCUUGUGCGUAUAAUUUAUUUUCUAUAUUUAUGUAUUAAAAAAUAUAUAUAUAAUAAUAAAAGUCCAAAA